AUGGCCGACCACGAUCAGUCUACCCUCAAACACAGUGAGCACCUCCUCUUGGACCAACCGCUGCUUCGCCUCCCCCACGAACUGCUCCGCAAAAACUUCCGCUCCGCCCACUUCACCAUCGAAAAGGACACCUCGGCCCUCAGGGCCCUGCUCAAGGAGUCCGCCACGGCUGCCGUGUCCGGCCGCGCCUCCCAGCAGGACGUGCUACGCAACCUCGACGCCAUGAUCUCCCGCAUGAGAGGCGUCAAGCGCAAGCUGGCCGCCUACGCCGACGAGGAGGCGCGCCUGCACCACCAGACGGCCGCGCGCAUCGCCCACCUGGACGAGCUGUACACCAUGCGCAGCGUCGACGACGUCCGCUACGAGGCCUGGAGCCGGCGCCGGCUCGACCGCCUGCUGGCCGACUACCUGCUCCGGCACGGCUUCAAGGAAACCGCCAGCCAGCUGGCCGAGGACAAGGGCAUGCGGGACCUGGUUGACGUCGACACCUUUGCCAACAUGAGCCGCAUCCGCGAGUCUCUGCUCAAGGGCAGCGUCGCCGAGGCGCUGGCCUGGUGUGCCGAGAACAAGAAGGAGCUGCGCAAGAUGGAGAGCAAGCUGGAGUUCAUGCUCCGGCUGCAGCAGUACAUUGAGCUGAUCCGCACGCAAGCCGAGCCCAAGCUCGUCGAGGCCAUCGCCCACGCCAAAAAGUACCUCUUGCCCUACUGGACGACGUACCCCAAGGAGGUCCAGCAAGCCUGCGGCCUGCUGGCCUUUCCGCCCGACGCCCCGGCCUCGGCCGCCUACUCCAACAUGUACAAGCCCGCGAGAUGGGCCGAGCUUGCCGACAUCUUCACCACGGCGCACAGCAACCUGCUUGUCCUCCCGGCCGUGCCGCUCCUCCACGUCGCCUUGUCGUCGGGCCUCUCGGCGCUCAAGACACCGGCCUGCCACUCGUCGGCAACCCACCACGGACAAGGCACCUCCACCCUCGGGCACGGCGUCUGCCCCAUCUGCUCCACCGAGCUCAACGAGCUGGCCAGGAACGUGCCGUACGCCCACCACACCAAGAGCCACGUGGAGCAUGAUCUGAUGCUGCUGCCCAACGGGAGGGUCUACGGGUCGCAGAGCCUGCAGGACCAGGCGAAGAAGGCCGGCCUGCCCGAGACAAUGGUGAAGGACCUCCAAACCGGCGAGGUGUUUGCCGCCGAGGGCUUGAAAAAGGUCUACAUAACGUAG